UCUAUUCCUCCCUUCCUCUCCUCCUCUCUUCCUCUUUUCACCUUCAUCUCUUCAUCUUCUCGUCUUCUUCCAUUAUCACCACCAGCCUUCUACAAGGACAGUUUGGUCCGAUCGGCCCAAUUCUUACCUUAUACUUGCCCCGACGUGCUCUCACUCGCUGCUCUACACUACCCAGUGCUACUCAGAUAUCUCGUUUAUUACCAGAAAACAACAGGAUGACUGCCGCCGUGGUUCAGCCCCAGCUUCCGCAGCAUUCGAUUGCUGUUGACUCUAACAAAGGCCCGCAGCUGCCCCAAGGCCAGUUUCAUCACGAUGGCCAUAAUACUCCUUAUAUACCUGGUUACCCACAGCUUCCGGGUCUGGGAGCCCGGGAUGGAGCUAGUCUUGACGGUUUGCACCAUCUUCUGGGUAAUAUGAAUAUCAACAACCCCCAAGGUACCAUGAAGUUGGGUGGUUUCAAAGGACAGAUCCCCAAUCUCAACGUGGCGACUGGCAACCGUGUCCCUUGCAACGGACAGCUUCUCCUGUUUCCUAACGGAGGGCUUCUUGGCAGUCUCCCGCAGAUGACUGCGUUCACCCCUACCACCGCCACGGUACCGACACAGAGCCAACUGGGACAUAUUCCGUACUUGCCGACCAACCUCUACCCGAACAUGAACCCAGGUGUCAUUCCAGGGGCUCUACCGGGCUAUGGAUGGCCAUAUUUCAUCAAUGCAGAUCAGAAACGGAAUGGGUGGAUCAACGGUGACGAUCAGAACGGUGUCUCUUCCCCGGAUGACGGUGGCCAAGCAGAGCAUUUCUCUGUUCCCGGAAUAGAUGGCUUUUCAGCCAAUGCUACUCUCUUGAAUCAGCCUUGUCUUCCCCUGCAGAUGAUGAAGACUUCCAAUGGCUACAUCUUGCAAGACCUGGAAGCCUUGACCCAGCAAGAUCCUCCCAUCCCUCGUGCAGUCCCUGCCAUGUGGACCAACCCAACUGACAUGACGCUUGCAAAAUGCCUCGAGAAUCGUGAAGGCAUCACAAACGUGUACAUUAGGGGGUUCCUACCAGAGACCACCGAUGAGCUUUUGCAUGCUUAUGCCUCGCGAUUUGGAAAGAUUGACCGUUGCAAGGCAAUCGUCGACCUUGACAAUGGUCUCUGCAAAGGCUUUGGUUUCGUCCAGUAUUUCAACUUUGAUUCUUGUGAGAAUUGCAUUCGAGGCUUCUUCUAUCUUGGAUACCAAGCCAGCUUUGCCCAGAAAUCUCGCAACUCGCGCCUCAAAGACCUGGAGGACAAGGCAUCAACCAAUAUCUACUGCACCAAUGUACCUAUUGACUGGACUGAAGCGGACCUUCGCCGUCACUUUGAGCCAUACCGCGUACUGUCUGAGAAGAUCAGUCGUGACGAGAAAACGGGCGUCAGUAAAGAAGUUGGAUUCGCUCGUUUUGAAACCCGAGAAAUUGCUGAGAAGGUGCUGAAUGAUUUCCACAAUAUUGUUGGAACGGACGGAGUAAAGCUCCUCCUGCGCUUUGCCGACACAAAGGCGCAGAAGCUUUUGAAGCAACAGAGCAACGAACGUCGUGCCUACCGCACCGGGGAAUACAAUUACUCUGUCGAGGUAGUUCAGGGCUCCACUCCUUCACCUACCAUUCAUCGAUUGCAGCAGACCGCAUCUCAUCUCAGCCCUGCUUCUCAGAUUAGCUAUAAUGCGUCUCCCAUGGGGGUGAGCUCUUCGUGGACUCCGGCUUCAUCGAUAUCUCCUUCCUAUCCAUUGGCAAAGAAUCAGAUUCGCAAUGGACGUUGGUCCUCUCGUGCGAGCCUUCCUCCUCUGGACCACACACCUGUGAAUCGUGAUCGUCACUCGACUGGGAAACGCAAUUCCUUUGCGGACACCCUCUCUGCGGAGUCGUCCAAGACAGUCCUCCCAAACAUUACAUGCGGAGAUCCACGGUCGACCUUGUCAACUCCGCAGAAGGAGAAUACCAAGGCAGGAUCUCUGUCUCACAAGGAGGUGGUUAUCAAGAGCCCUCGCUCCGCCACCUAGAUGGGACAUCACACUACCUCAUGGCCUUUUCUAUAUUUAUGAAGACCCGACUAUGAAAGUCUCCUUACUAUAACUAUCAAGCCCCCAAGGGUAUAAUGUUUUGUCCGGGAAUAUGACUGCUACGAUUCAAUGUCUUACGAGGAAAUGAUGUAUGAUCAGGAGAAUGGUUGCCUGGUUUGAUUUUUGAUGAUUUGACAUCCGUGGUUACCUCGUCAUAUGUUAUGAUCAACAUGGGAUAAGGCUGCAGUUUUUUUUUUUUUUUCCUUUCUUCUUUUUCUACCUGUUGCAAGCUGCAGACGUUUAUUCGGCAUUGAUUUAUG